AUGCUCUACUUUCGCGGAUUCGGCACCGACACAUGCAAUUCCGUGUCCGUGGAAUACCCCAUCACGGUUAUCAGUGGCAUAGACGGCUCAACGUGCGGCGGGCCAGGUCCAUCUCCUCCGACUCCUGGCACAGCGACCGCGGGAGCUCCAACAUUGCCCAAUGCUGCAGUGACGUGCAACUUGGCGCGCGGAAGCGUCAUUGAUGGCGUUUGUGUCUGUGCGUCGGAUUGGAUUGGACCUCCAGAGUGUGUGGGUACGCCCAUCUGGAAGUGGCUCGUGACAGUUGGGGGUGGCGUGGCGGCGAUGUGCUCCAUUGCUGUGUCCAUACGAGCAUUCCUCAUGAGCCGGAAAGCCAAGAAAAAGUCGGCAGCCGCCGACCCAACCUCCCCGAAGAAAGGGACUGCCGUGGUCGUUGAGAUGGAAAGCAUGCGCAUGCAAACGCCCGAGAGGCGCGAGUCCACUCAGCCUGACGACGUCCCAUACAUUCAGAGAGAGAGCGGCGACCAAGAUCCGUCCUCCACUGGCGUCGCCGUCCCACCGUCACCACGAUCCAAGGAGUACACCAUUUAA